AUGAACAACUUCCACCCGGCCCACAUCACCCGGGCUACCUUCCAGGCCCUACUAACCCGCUACCCAGCCACGGUGGAGGCCGUAACGCGCCGCAAGGCCACAAACCGCGUUCUCCAAGCCUCCAUCCGGGGCAAGCGUGGCAAGCGCGUGUCUCCUCCUCCUCCGGGACAGGAUCCCGAGCUGGACGAGGAACAGAAGAAGCAAGUUGAGGCCGAGAUCGAGGCGUACCGGGAGUUAGAUGCGCUGAGGUAUGAGGGUUUGCCGGGGGUGGCGGCCGAGAAGCAGUGUCUAGAGAAGGAGGAGGUUUUGAAGCUAGUUGAGUGGAAGCUGAAACAUGGUGUUUUCCGUCCUACUCUACUGGGCAUGGUGAAAGCGAACCAACCCAAGACCGUCCAGAAAGCAACCUCGGACGCUUUCACGACUACGGGCGAAGAGGAAGAGACAGAUACAGCGUCCUUCCCCAAGACGAGUCUAGACGCGUUGGUCAAGCCCCUCCGCGGCGUGGGCAUUGCCACCGCGUCGCUGCUCCUGUCCGUGGGCACGCUCCGGGACCCCGAGCAUGAGGCCCCGUUCUACAGUGACGAUACGUACCUCUGGCUGUGUCUGGAGACGUUCCCGGGGACUGUUGGCCAGGAGAGCGGCGACACGCUGGGCAAGAAAGGGGGCAAGUUCAAGCGCAAUGGCGAGAUUAAUGUCAAAUAUGACGUCGCGGAGUAUCGGGCGCUGUGGACGGCUGUUAAUGAGCUACGGGCGAGGCUGAAUGAGACGGGGGAUUCUGCGUUGGGGAGGGUUUCUUGUGCGGAUGUUGAGAAGGUGGCGUUUGUGUUGAGGCAUCUUGGUGUUUCUGGGUAUGGGGAUCUGGGGGAUCAUGAGGCGAAUCCGGGGAGUAAACGGAAGCGGGUUGAGGAGGAGCAGACGGGAGGUCGGAAG